CUCUCUCUUUCUCUCUCCCUCCUUCUCCAGUGUGUCGUGAUGCAUCGUGCUGUUAUCACGUACAGCCAGGCCAGUCAUACGUCGUUGUUGUAUAAGAAGUAGUGCAGAGGAACAAGGGACGGCAGCAAGCACCAACUUGGUGGCCUUGCCAAUACCGAGGAAUAGAUAGAGAGACAGGAAGAGGGGGCGCGCAGAGAGAGAGAGAGAGAGAGAGAGAGAGAGAUUAGAGAGAGAGUACACGAAGCCCAAACCACCCACCGACUGUGAGACUGAGGAGAUGAUCUGACCGACCAGGACUGAGCCGCGCCCCCACUGCACCACCUCGGCAGUGCACCCAUCCCGGAGGAUCCACUCCCUUCCCUUCCUCCACACUUCACACCUCUCUCUCUCUCUCUCUCUCUCUCUCUCUCUCUCUCUACUCUCAUAACUCUAUCGUCAUACGACACCAUUGUGCCGCUGCCGACCGGUCUUCUCCAAUCUCCAUAAAUCCAACCAUUAUUUAAUACCGGCUGUGCAAAUAGUAAUAUGCUCAUUUCCAGUUCUAAGCAUUGUUUAAGAUAAAUUAUUUAGUUUCUUAUUCUCUCUCCUCCUCAGAGCCUUAAAACAGACAAACCCCGAUCUCCCACUUCCCUAGUUCCCACACUCCAUUACUAGCAUUUUUUUGUUCCCGAGCCACCAUCAAUCUAUUCCAUCAACCCGGCUGUGCCUUGUUUGCUUGGCCGACUGCAUAAAACCACAUUAUAUUUGCAGACGCGCUGUAGCUCGCAGUUGCCCUCGUCCUUUCCCAUCCCGAUGCCCUUCUAGCACGUGCUCCCAUCUGCGUUUUUAAAAGCCGCCCCAACUGAUUUUUUCUCUCCCCGAUCCCAUCCCUUACGGAGUUAUAUUCUCCUCCAAAGCCUUAGUAUAGCGGCUCUCUCGCCUUAGAACUAUGCGACACCAAUGCGGCCAGCAUAGCGGCGGGGGUAUCUCGGCGCCGUGCUCUUGUGGCUUCCUCUGCCAAGCUUGCGCCGGGAGUGGCAGCACCUCCUUCUCUAUUCUAUUCUCAGGAAAGCAAUCAUCCAUGGAUGAGGUAUUCGAUUCCGGAUAUCCUAUCCCGUCCUCCUCCUCGGUAGACUGCACCCUAUCUCUCGGCACGCCAUCCACCCGCGACACCGACACCCUCAAGCCCUCACCGUCAUCUAAUCUCAACCAGCGGCCGUCUGGCGUGUCCAGCUUGUGCUGGGAUAUCCUGUCUCAGUCCAGCAAGCAACCAUCCAUGGCUUCUGGUGGAGUCAAUGGAUCGACCAAUUGCUCCAACCUCGGCGCCGACCCCGUCCUCCUCGCCCGUAGGUGCGCCAACUGCGACACCACCUCCACCCCCCUCUGGCGCAACGGCCCCCGGGGGCCCAAGUCACUGUGUAACGCGUGCGGGAUCCGUUACAAGAAGGAGGAGCGGCGGGCGGCGGCAUCGACGGCGUCGCCGAUUUCAUCGGUAGUGACGGCAGCGGCAGAACAAACGGGGAUUGGGUAUGCGUACGAGCGGCGGCAGCAGCAGCAGCAGCAGCAGCAGCCAUGGAGUUGUUACGGCUCGAUGGUAACGGCGUCAAAGAGUCCGACUAUCAAGACGUAUGGCGACGCGAUGGACGAGGGGGAGGCGCCCUACCUCCCCUGGCGGCUCAACGUGAUCCCUUCGGCCCAGUUCCCGGUCCGGGACGUGCCCAGCCUCUUCUGAUGUAAUUAGAGCUAGAUCGAUGUAGCCUUUAGUUAAUAGUUAAUUUCCUCUGUUACCUUGAACGUGCAUGGUAUCAAAGUCGAGCCACAUGAUGAUGUAAUAUUCACGGUGGAUGAUAAUAGUUUUAUUUUGUUGGUUAAAGGAUAAGUUUUUUUAAAUUGUUAAUAA